CCCACCCUGUCUUUUGUGUCAAAACAUUAGCUGGCUGUUGUCACCAAUUAAUUAUUUAAUUUAAUCAUUUAAGCGCUCUCUGAUUGGUUUGCGCUCGUCUCUAGCUCAGGACCUGGCCAAUGGAGACCCAGGCUUGUUUGUGCAGCUUUCGGUGCGAAAAUAAAAGCAGGAAUCUGCGUUGAAGAGAGAUGUGGAUGCAAAGAAACAAAAGAUUGAGUAUAGUCUACAGCAUAUAGCUGUUAUUUAGUUUUUUUGAGAAUAACAACUAUAGAUUUGAAGACAAAGACAGAGUGGAGAGGCAGGCGACCUUGUUCUUGGUUCCAGACACUCAGGUGACCAGCCCUCCAUUGUUCUACGUGCCCUGUUGUGCCCCUCUUCUACCUGUGAAGAUGGCACCCUCCCUGGCCACAGCCUUCUCCAGGCGCUGGUGGAUGGCUGUGACAGCGGUCAUAGAGAACCUGCUGUUCUCUGCUGUGCUGCUGGGCUGGGGCUCCCUGCUCAUCAUGCUCAAGUCUGAAGGCUUCUACUCCUACCUCUGCAGAGAACCUGGUAACAGCACCAGUCAGAACCAGUCUGAGCCAGUCCAGGCUGGGGAUGCGGAGGGGAUCACCCAGAGCCCCGUGGUGGAGGAGGAGUACCUCCAGAUGAACGGCUGGCCCAUCUGUAAGGACCAGGAUGAGAUGCUGAACCUGGCCUUCACCGUGGGCUCUUUCCUCCUCAGUGCCAUCACCCUGCCCCUGGGCAUUGUCAUGGACAAGUAUGGCCCCCGCAAGCUCCGGCUGCUCGGCAGUACCUGCUUUGCCUUCUCAUGUAUCCUGAUCGCUUAUGGAUCGAGCGACCCCAAGAAUCUGUCCAUCCUCAUAUUCUUUGCUCUGGCACUGAAUGGGUUCGGAGGAAUGUGCAUGACCUUUACUUCCCUCACGCUUCCCAAUAUGUUUGGUGACCUUCGUUCCACCUUCAUCGCUCUCAUGAUUGGAUCGUAUGCAUCCUCCGCUGUCACCUUCCCUGGGAUCAAGGUGAUCUAUGACCUUGGAGCCACCUUCAUCACCAUCCUGCUGGUGUGGGCUGCCUGCGCUGGCCUUGUCUUCAUCAAUUGCUACUUCAACUGGCCCCUGGAGCCCUUCCCUGGACCUGAGGAUAUGGACUACACUGUGAAGAUCAAGUUCAGCUGGCUGGGCUUUGACCAUAAGAUCACUGGAAAGCAGUUCUACCGCCAGGUGACCACGGUGGGGAGACGACUCAGCGUGGGGAACAGCAUGAAGCAAAACCCCACGGAGCUGGCCCAACAGGAGGGCAACAAGCUGUGUCUCUCCACCGUUGACCUGGAGGUCCAGUGCAAGUCCCAGGAGGAAUCCCAGUCCUUCAUGAAGAGUGUCCUGAGUCCUAUCUUCAUGCUCAGCCUGAUCACCAUGUGUGUCACCCAGCUGAGACUCAUCUUCUACAUGGGAGCCAUGAACAACAUCCUGGAGUCGCUGUCCGACAGAGACUUCAGCACAGAGGAGAAGAUGGAAGUAGUGAGUGUGUACACCUCCAUUUUCGGAGUGCUGCAGCUGCUGUGUCUGAUGACCGCUCCGGUGAUCGGGUACAUUAUGGACUGGAAGCUCAAAGAGUGUGAGGAUGAGAACGUGAAGCCGGGCACAAGAGAUCUCACCCAGCCCAAGCGUCGGGACAGACAGAUCCAGAAGAUUACCAACGCCACCCGGGCCUUCAUCUUCACCAACCUGCUACUGAUAGGCUUCGGGGUCACCUGCCUCGUCCCCAGCCUCCCUCUCCAGAUUCUAUCGUUUAUUCUGCACACCAUUGUGAGAGGAUUCAUCCACUCUGCGGUUGGAGGGUUGUAUGCUGCUGUGUACCCGUCGUCUCAGUUUGGCAGUCUGACAGGCAUGCAGUCCCUCAUCAGCGCCCUGUUUGCCCUGCUGCAGCAGCCCCUCUUCAUGGCCAUGAUGGGCCCCCUGAAGGGAGACCCCCUAUGGGUCAACGUGGGCCUGCUGGGGCUGACGGUGCUGGGCUUCUGCCUGCCUCUCUACCUGCUCUGCUACAGCCGCCAGCUCCAACGCCAGAAGCAGGAGCGCGAGGAGGACCCCAAGAUCUACGUCCAGAUCAACAACGGCAGCACGCCCGAGGCCUUCGUCUAGAGAGACAGACUGACGGACGGAGAUUUAUUAUUUUUUUCAACAAAGAGAAGGAGCAACGGAGAGAGUGAGGAGGGGAGAGGUCAAAGGUGUGACUGAACUGUAUGAUGAAUCGCAACCUCACCCACCAACUCCGGUCCCUCUAACCGUCUGCACUUGCACUCAGACGAUACUCUCUCUCUCUCUCACACACACACACACACACACACUUCAAGUCCCUUACAUUCCCCCCUCAGACACACAUACGAACACAUACACACAAGCACUCCACACAUACACAUGACACACACACACAUACACAUACAGUAUAUGAUCACACAUUUACUACUACUAACUACUAUGAUAAACACACACGCACACACACACUUUUACACUCCCUAACACAUCAUCGACGAUGUACACUGUGAAAGAAACGCAACAACACACGUGUUGUGAAACCUCUUCAACACACACACACACACGCACGGUUCAUUUUCCAGGGACACGCCACUAAACGGACAUGGUUCAUCUUCUCACAACUGGAAUGGGAAAGGACAAGCGCUGGUCUGUGAGCUGAGGAGAAAGGAGAGACAAGGGAGGAGGAUCUUCACGGCGUUCUCCUCCCUUCCAGACUCCUCUUUGUUUCAGUGCUCUGUUGUUGGUGUUUUUUAUUUCAAUUUUGUCAACGAUGCCAUGCUCACUCUUGCCUGCCUGUCAGUGCAAAAAGGAGGGCACUGGUUCUCCGUGUCGCCCAGCAAAAAGAACGCCAUGUCAAAGACCUCCAGUGCUGAAUGUUGUGACUAGAACCAGAUAAGGUGAUGUCCUCCUCACUAUUAUAAUGCCCCACCACCAGUGUUUUUACAUGUGUUUUCAAUGAUGCCAGUAACGACAUCGCCACACUUUCUAAUUCUGAUCCAAGUUAGUCUCAUACCGCACUGGAGGUACUCCACUUCACACCCUGAGAACUGGUUUUAUGAUUAGGGCGUUAUUGGAGCGUUAUUGGAGCGUUAUUGGCGAUAGGUCAGUAUUUUUCUCCGUGGUUGUUACACGUCAAUGCCUCUCUAUUGUCGCAAGUGGUUUGAACUAGAAGUAUAAGCGAAACAGGUUGUAUAGACGUUUCAGUACUCUAAACGGUGCUAAGAGUUCCUACCACCAAAACGUUCCCAUUAGGUUCUGUAACGUUGGGGAUAGUCAUCAUUGUAAAUGAAUUGGUAAGAAUGGAGCCUUAUGCAACCUUCAGAAGCUAGUCGACGUAAUCUUCUCAUCUAGUGAGUGUUCCUUCCAGUGUCUCAAAGACCAAACCUUGUGACUCAGCCUUCUAGUUUUGUUGAUGACGACAACAGAGGCGUGGAGGGUUAAAGCCACAGAGAAGCUGUCGUUUUAAGACUGUUCCAACAGCUCUAGGGAGACAAGAAAGCAAAGGAUUGUUUUUGUUGUAUCAUCAGCACUCUAGAUUAAAGCCUGAGUCGAUAGCUGUG